AUGUGGGUUCCCCUUCUACUACUGAUCCUAGGCUUCAUUGCCCUCGUCUGGAGCGCCGACCGUUUUCUGUCUGGUGCGGCUGCCUGCGCCCGCAACAUGGGUGUAUCCAAGAUGCUCAUAGGUUUGACCGUGGUGUCUGUCGGCACGUCGGCACCUGAAAUCCUGGUUGCCAUAUUCGCUGCUAUUGACGGCAAUCCAUUGCUUGCGGUGGGCAACGCCAUCGGCUCUAACAUCGCCAAUAUCGGCCUGGUCCUUGGCAUUACUGCCAUGAUUGCACCGCUACCUUUUUCCAAGCAGGUCCGACAAACCGAAUUACCAUGGUUGCUGGGCGCCACCCUGCUGGCGAUGGUGCUACUGUUCGAUCGGGAACUGUCUUUCUUCGACGGGGUAAUGUUGUUGCUGGCUCUGGCCGCCAUCCUCUGGCGACUGGUUGUCAAUCAAAACAAUCCCAACCAGGAAAUUUCUUCCUCCAUUACCGAAGAGCUCGACGAGCUACCGGACAUGACUAAUCUGCAGGCCAUCGCCUGGCUGGUGGUCGGCCUGCUGGUGCUCCUGGUGUCUGCGCAGGUGCUGGUGCAUUCUGCCACCACCAUCGCCAAGCUUCUGGGCGUCAGCGACAUGAUCAUCGGUUUAACCAUCGUUGCUGUGGGUACGAGUCUGCCGGAGCUCGCCGCGACCAUUGGUUCAGCCGUCAAAGGUCACCCUGACAUCGCUAUAGGCAACGUCGUCGGCUCAAACAUCCUUAAUAUUCUGGCGGUGCUGGCCGUCCCGGGCCUGGUCAGCGGGGCAGUAAUCGAACCUGGCGCGUUGUGGCGGGACGGCGGCAUGAUGCUCGCACUGACCGUGAUGCUGGCGCUGUUUGCUUACGGCAUCAAUUCGCGCCCUGUGAUCACUCGAUUUGAAGGUAUUAUUUUUGAUGUUGAUGGCGUGCUCACCAACGGCCAGAUCACGUACAGUGACGAUGGACAUGAAUACAAAACAUUUCAUGUCCAGGACGGCGCCAGCAUCAAACUCCUGCAACAGAACAACAUCACGGUGGGGAUUAUUACCGGACGCCGUUCGCCAACCGUUGCGCGUCGCGCCAGGGAAUUAGACAUUAAAUAUCUGGUCCAGGGUGCUGACUCCAAAGCCGAGGCUGUAGAUACGCUCAUCGCACAAGGCUUUCCUGGUGCGGGCAAUGCCGCAGUGGGAGACGACAUUCAGGAUAUUGGCGUGUUUGACCACCCCAGUGUCGCCUUCGCAAUCAGCGUGCCGAACGGCCAUCCCGUCGCCCGCAGUCAAGCGCAAUGGAUCACUCAACGCAGUGGUGGCAAUGGCGUGGCAGUAGAGAUUGCCGAGACUGGCAUCACCCUCGGCGUUGUUCUGGUGCUGGGAUUAUUGUGGCAGUUAUUUGGUCAAAGCGACCAGGACCGCGCAGACGGCGCAAGCCCAGCAGAUACUCUGAUAGAGAGUGAGCCAGAUAUAUACGGUCACGGCGUUACCUUCACCCAGUUGCGAGACGAUGGCAGCCUGCAAUAUCAACUCACCGCCAGCGCCAUCCGUCAGUUCCAGGAUAACAACCUGACCAGCAUGGUCAGCCCUGCGCUGAAACUGCACAACCCGCAACAGCCACCAUGGGAUAUUCGCUCUAACCACGGUUACAUUCGAGGUGCAGAGACUGGCGGAGAAAACAAAGAAGAAGCUGUUUACCUGCGUGAAGAAGUGGUGCUGGAACAGAAUGACCCCGAGCGCGGAUUUAUCACCAUGCGCAGCGAAGCCAUGUACUUCUAUCCGGACCGGCAAUACGCUGAAACCGACCAAGGUGUUAUGAUCGAUACCCAGGUUAGACCCGCGGUGGCCAACAGGCUGUGGCAGACCGUUAUGUUAUGCGCGGGACUGCUCAUCACACCUGUCGUCUGGGGUCUGGCAUCAGACGCAGACCAGCCUAUACAUAUUGAAGGUGAUGACGCCCAGAUUGAUCAGGCUAAUGAAACCAUAACCUACAUUGGCUCGGUUGAAGUGGUGCAGGGUACCUUGCGUGUGCAGGGCGACAAAAUGGUGGUUAAAAUCAGCGGUGAUCAGGUCCAGCAAAUCACCACUGUAGGCUCCCCAGCCCGCUAUCGGCAACAGCUGGAAGACGACAAAGGCGAAGUGAACGCCCACGCAGACAGUAUCAUCUACCAUACCGCGCAAGAGCGCGUAUAUCUCAAUGGCAGCGCCACGCUCGCACAACAGGGCAACGAGCUACAGGGUGAAUCGAUACGUUACGACAUUGUUAAAGGCAAAGUUGAUGCGAUUUUGAGCCAAAUACCCCUUUCCGCCAUUCUGCGUGCUGACGGUCUGCGUAAAGAGUACCGCACAAAAAUCGCUGUGGAAGAUGUUUCCAUCCGUGUCGCCAGUGGAGAAAUAGUGGGUCUCCUGGGGCCGAAUGGUGCGGGCAAAACCACCUGUUUUUAUAUGGUGGUUGGGCUCAUCAAAGCCGAUAGUGGGGGUAUAUUUCUGAACGAAACCGACCUGACCCGUGCGCCCGUUCACGAACGCGCCAAAGCAGGCAUCGGUUACCUGCCACAGGAAGCCAGCGUUUUUCGCACGCUCAGCACCACGGACAAUAUUCGCGCAAUUUUAGAACUGCGCAAAGAUCUGAAUCGCACUGAGCGCAAUACUCUGCUCGAGCAACUGCUGAAUGAAUUUAAUCUACAGGGUGUUGCGACAUCCCUGGGGCAAAGCCUGUCUGGCGGCGAGCGCCGUCGCCUGGAGAUAGCCCGAGCACUGGCCAGUGAACCCCGUUUUAUGCUGCUGGAUGAGCCCUUUGCCGGUGUAGACCCAAUCUCAGUAGGUGAUAUUAAAAAGGAAAUCAGUGAUCUUCGGCGGCGGGGUAUCGGCGUGCUGAUCACAGAUCACAACGUCAAAGAAACCCUGGAUAUCUGCGACCGCGCAUACAUCGUCCACCAGGGACAUAUCAUUGCAGACGGUGAUGCGGCCAGCAUCCUGGCCAAUCAGACGGAUUGGAUGAAACAGACACUUUCCCUGAAGCUGGGUCAGCAGCUCACCAUGACGCCACAACUGCAACAGGCUAUCCGCUUGUUGCAGCUGUCCGCGCUGGACCUGCAGCAGGAAAUCCAGAAUACGUUGGAAGAAAAUCCAAUGCUGGAGCUGUCCGAAGACGCCCAGGACGGCGGCGAAACCAACGACAAUGACCAGUCCCUGGAAUCAACCCUCGAGUCGGCAGAACAUGAGUCUCAGAUUGCAUCCGACAACGCGAUGGACACCACCGUUGGGGCGGAAAGAGAUGUCGCCGACGUCAAUCAGGAGUUUGAUGCACCCAUAGGCGAAGAGAUGCCCGUGGACUCAAGUUGGGAGGAUGUAUAUCCAACCGGCAGCAGCCUGCCGGCAAGCGAUAGCGACUAUGAUCCAAUGGCCAACCGCAGCGCAGAUCAGACGCUUACCGACCAUUUGCUCUGGCAGCUUAAUCUCACGCCGAUGGCGGCCUCAGAUCGAACCAUCGCCGCAGCAAUAAUCGAUUCCAUCGAUGCCAAUGGCAUGUUGACCACCACUACGCAAGAUCUUUGCGAGGCGUUAAACAGCCAGCGUGAAACAGACCAGGACGAGAUUGAACAUGAUGACGUGUGCGCCGUUCUAGAGCGCAUUCAGGAUUUCGACCCUGUCGGUGUUGGCGCCCGAGACCUCAAGGAGUGCCUGCUGCUGCAGCUUGCCCAGCUUCCCGCGCAGACACCCUGGCUGACCGAAGCCAAUCUGCUGAUCACCGAAUAUCUCGAUCUGCUGGGCAGCAAAGAUUUCACAACGUUAAAACGAAAGUCCCGACUGGCCGACAGUGAGCUCGCAGCAGCGAUGACCUUAAUCCGUACGUUGAAUCCACGUCCGGGUACUGCAAUUGCAGAAGAGAGCGCGGACUAUAUUGUGCCGGAUGUGGUCGUGAGAAAAUUUGAAGGUCGCUGGCUGGUAGAGUUAAACGGCGAGGCGACGCCACAAAUUCGUAUCAAUCCGGUCUAUGAAAAUCUCGCCAAGCAGGUCGCCAGCAGUAACGACAAAACCUAUAUCCGUGACAACCUGCAGGAGGCACGCUGGUUUUUGAAAAGCCUGCAAACCCGUCACGAUACUCUGCUGCGGGUCGCCAGCAAGAUUGUCGAAGUUCAGCGCGGCUUCCUCGAGUACGGUGCGGAAGCCAUGAAGCCGCUUAUUCUUGCAGAUAUCGCGGAAGCCGUUGACCUGCACGAGUCAACAAUUUCAAGGGUGACCAGCCGCAAAUACAUGUCCACGCCACGUGGCGUAUACGAGCUGAAAUAUUUCUUUUCCUCUCACGUAGGCACCAGCAGCGGCGGCGAAGUCUCCAGCACAGCCAUCCGUGCGUUGAUUGAGAAACUCACCGGCGAUGAGGACCCGAAAAAACCAUUGAGCGAUAGUAAAAUAGCGGCAAUACUGAAAGACCAGAACAUCAACGUUGCCAGAGUCAUCAUGCAGCUGAGCAUUACCGGACAUCACGUCGACCUUACCGCGGAAGCCACCGCCCAUGUUCCCGGCGCUGAGUUGUUUGCCAAUGCGGACUCAGAAGACAUGUAUGCUGCUAUUGAUCAGCUGGUGGACAAGCUCGAUCGCCAGCUCGCAGCGGAGUUGAUCAGUGACUCAGCAGUGCCGGCGGACACUUUGUUCGACAGCCUGAUGGCACGUGAAAGACUCGGCAGCACCGGACUUGGCGAUGGUAUCGCAAUUCCACAUUGCCGCAGCGAUUGUGACACCAUGCGCGUCGGUUUUAUUUCGUUGGCUAACCCGAUCGAUUACGAAGCCGGCGAUGGUGAGGGCGUCGAUCUGCUGUUUGUACUGGUUGUGCCGGAAGACGAACAACAUGCGCAUUUGCACGCACUCGCUCAGUUGGCUGAAGUUUUUUCUAAUGCGCAGAACCGCAGCGACCUGCGUGCCUGUACAACAGAUGCUGCCGUGAAACUUAUCAUCAUCAGUGGCCGUUCAGGCUCCGGCAAAUCCACUGUACUCAACGCCCUGGAAGACGCCGGGUUCAAUUGCAUCGACAAUUUUCCGGUCAUGUUGCUGCAGUCACUGGUACACAACACGCUGCGGGAUAAAACCCAAAAAAAUAUACCUUUAGCCGUUUGUAUCGACGCCCGCAGUCGAGACCUCGAACGCUUUCCUGAGAUUCUGCUUUCGAUUGAUCGUAUGGAUGUAGAUUGCGAGGUUAUAUACCUCGAUGCACGCAGCCCAACGCUGGUUAAACGCUUCAGUGAAACACGACGCCGACACCCCUUAACCAACGCAAACACCGACUUGCGCCAGGCUAUUGAUGCAGAAGCGGAAGUCCUGGAAAGCAUUGCUGACCUUGCAGAUCUCAAUAUCGACAGCACGCAGCUGUCCAGCCAGGCAUUGCGCGAACUGGUCAGCAGCCGGGUGGUUGCCCGCAGCAGUCGCGAGCUCAGCUUGUUGUUCAGAUCAUUCGGGUUUAAAUAUGGGGUGCCCGUAGAUGCAGACAUGGUUUUUGAUCUGCGCUGUCUGCCCAACCCUCACUGGGUAGAGAACCUGCGCCCUCUGACCGGCCGGGACCCCGCGGUCGCUAACUAUCUUCAGGCGGAACCCAUGGUUACCGAGAUGUUCGAGGACAUCGCCCAAUACCUUGAUACCUGGAUUCCCAGAUUUGAAGCCAAUGCCCGAUUAACCCUCAUUAAUCCCCUGGGCUUACAUGCACGUGCGGCGUCAAAAUUUGUCGACACUGCAAAAGGCUAUGGCAGCAAAAUCACCCUGGUUAAGGAAGGCAAAGCUGUAGACGGCAAAAGCAUCAUGAGUCUGCUGUUGCUGGGCGCACCCGUAGGCAGCGCGCUUGAGCUGAUCGUCGAAGGUGAAGAUGAAGACGCUGCAACUGAUGGCUUGAGUAAUCUGGUGCAGGCUGGAUUCCACGAGUUGGAUGACCCCACUUAUAACCUGCUCGCCUCAAAAACGCCUAAGGUUCGCCAGGUUUUAUGGGAACUGUUAGACGAAGAGGUACGCAAUCAGACACUGCAACAUCUGUCUGAAGAUAUGCGCGCAGAGUUUCUCGUUGAUAUGGAUACCGCCCAACUGGUGGCGGUGGCGGACGAACUCGAUACCGAUGAUUUUGCAGACAUCCUGCAGCAACUACCGCAGACCAUCACCGAUCAGGUGCUUGAAUCUCUGGACGCCAUCGACCGCGCCAGAGUUGAAGCCGUGUUGUCCUACGCAGAAGACAGCGCUGGCGGCCUGAUGAACACCGACACUAUCACGGUGCGGCCAAGACACGCGCUGGAGUUGGUGUUCCGUUAUCUGCGCAUGCGCAAAGAUCUACCCGAAGCCACCGACGCGCUUAUCGUGGUGAACUCCCGGGACGAAUACGUAGGCAUGUUACCGUUUGGCAAACUGUUAACUUCAGAUCCAACAGUCACCGUACGCGAAGUGAUGAACAGCGCAGCGACGGCGAUUGACGUCGACACCCUCGACACCGAAGUUGCGAAAAUAUUCUCCGAACAGGACUUGAUCUCAGCGCCAGUCAUAGACGCAGAAGGACGCUUGCUUGGCCGAAUAACGAUUGACGACGUGGUUGACGUCAUCAUCGAAGACGCCGAUGAGGCUGUGUUGGCCAGAGCCGGCCUGGAUAUCGAUGAAGAUACUUUUGCGCCCAUUGGUAAAUCCCUGCGGCGCCGUGCCAUCUGGCUCGGCAUCAAUCUGAUCACCGCCUUUAUCGCCGCCGCAGUCAUCAACUUGUUCGAGGAAACUAUCGUGAAGGUGGUUGCCCUUGCCGUACUCAUGCCUAUCGUGGCCAGCAUGGGCGGAAUUGCCGGCACUCAAACCCUGACACUGGUGAUUCGCGGCGAAGCCUUGGGCCACCUGAGCCGCAGCAACCUUUUAUGGCUGCUGAACAGAGAAUUUGUGGUGGCUGUAUUGAACGGUUUGUUGUGGGCAAGCCUGGUGGCCGUCACCGCUGCUGUGGCCUUUAAUGAUCUCGAGCUGGGACUGGUUAUUGCAGUCGCGUUGAUCAUUACAAUGGUCGUUGCAGCCGUAUCCGGCAGUCUGUUACCCGGCAUCUUACGUUAUUUGAAAAUUGACCCCGCCAUCGCUGGUGGCGUGGUGCUGACCACGAUUACCGACGUCACCGGUUUUUUUGUGUUUCUGGGGCUGGCAACCUGGGUCUACGCUUAG